UGGGGCAGGUGGGUGGUGUGACGCACGUCCCGGCGUGGACGUUGCCUCCCGCUCAGGCUGACCUCUAGGGUCACUAACGUGCGCUUCACCAUCGCAAGUGGCUCUGCCCGUGUCGCGCUGUGUCCUGCGCGGGUCGUGGGAGUCGUUAGGAGGGACUCAGACAAACCCAGGAAACCUAGAAAUGGACUCAGUGACUUUUGAGGAUGUGGCUGUGAACUUCACCAUGGAGGAGUGGACUUUACUGGGUCCUUCACAGAAGAAACUCUACAGAGAUGUGAUGCGGGAAACCUUCAGGAAUCUGGCCUCAGUAGGAAAAACAUGGGAAGAUCAUGACACUGAAGAUCAAUACAAAAACCAGGAGAGAAAACUAAGUUAUAUGGUUGAGGCACACUGUGAAAAUAAAGAGGGUAAUCAGUGUGGAGAAGACUUCAGCCUUAUUCCAAAUCUCAGUCUGAACAAGGAAACUACUGGAGUAAAACCAUGUGAAUGCAGUGCAUGUGGAGAAGUCUUCCUGCAUCAUUCAUCCCUUAAUAGACACAUCCACUGUCACACGGCACACAAACCAUGUGAGCAUCAGAAAUACAGAGAGAAGCCAUGGAAAUGUCAGGACUGUGGGGAAGUUUUUAUGUGUCUCGGAACCCUGCAAAGACACAUGAUAAUGCACACUGGAGAUGCUCCUUAUAAAUGUAAGGAAUGUGGGAAAGCCUUCACUUGUUCUAGUUCACUUGGAAUACAUGAAAGAACUCACACUGAAAAGAAACCCUAUCACUGUGAACAAUCUGGAAGAAUCUGCAGAUACCAGACACAUGGCAGGACUAGCACAGGAGAGAAACUCUAUGAAUGUAAGCCUUGUGGUAAGACUUACAUCUCCCUUCAGGGCUUAAAAAUACAUGAAAGAAAUCACACUGGAGAGAAACCCUUUGAAUGUAAGGAGUGUGGUAAAACUUUCCGUUCUCAUGUAGGUUUCAAAAUGCAUGAAAGAAAUCACAGUGGAGAGAAACUGUACGAAUGUAAAAAAUGUACCAAAGCAUUCAGUUACCCCAGUUCUCUUCGAAGACAUGAAAGAACUCACACUGGAGAGAAACCCUACCAAUGUAAGGAAUGUGGGAAAGUCUACAGAGAUCACGGUUCCUUUCAAACACACGAAAGGACUCACAGAGGAGAGAAACCCUAUGAAUGUAAUGAAUGCAGGAAAACUUUUCUUUCUCUUUCAAGCUUCCGAGCACACAUGAUCACUCACUCUGGAAAUGGACCUUAUAAAUGUAAGGAAUGUGAGAAAACAUUCUUUUCUCCCAGUUCAUUUCGAAUACAUGAAAGAAGUCACACUGGAGAGAAACCCUAUGAAUGUAAACAGUGUGGUAAAGCCUUCGGUUAUUACUGUUCCUUACGAGCACACGGAAGAACUCACACUGGAGAGAAACCCUAUGAAUGUAAACAAUGUGGUAAAACCUUCAGUUACUGCUAUUCCUUACAAGUCCACAGAAGAAUUCACACAGGAGAGAAACCCUAUGUAUGUAAAAUUUGUGGUAAAGGCUUCAGGUGUUCUAGUCAUGUUCAGGUACAUGAAAGAACUCACACUGGAGAGAAACCCUUUGUAUGUAAUGAAUGUGGGAAAGCCUUCAUUUGUCAUGAAUACUUCCGAACCCACAUGAGACUGCACACUGGAGAGAAACCAUAUAGAUGUGAAGAAUGCGAGAAAGCCUUUAGUCGUCUCAGUUCCUUCCGAAAGCAUGAAAUGAGUCAUUGGAUAAAUACUCUUGAAUGUAAAACGGCAUUAGAAAGACUUCAAUUGGCCCACCUCUUUACAUGGAAAAACUCUCAUGGAAAAGAAAUAAAAAUUGCCAUCCUGCCAGUGAUCCUCAGGGUCAUACCUGAAGUCAAAGAGGUGGGUGUAAUGAAUUCUAAUGAUAGAAUGACCACAAGUAUACACGACGUGGGGUGUAACAUACUAGGUGGCUGAGACUUCCAUAGGGUUUGGCUUGCAUUAGAUGAUUUGAUUGCUGUUCAAGGUACCAAGAUUUUUUGUGUGUGUUGAGUGCUGUGAGGAGGUAAACUUUUUUUGUCAUUGGUAAUCAUAAACCUUUCUAGAAGGCAAAAACAAUGUUUUAGAGCUAAACUUAAUUCAUAAGAAGCCCCAUCCCUCAAAUUAGCAAGAAGAGGGGAAUAGUGGUCAUUUCUAUAAUUUGUAAUUGUCACUUUUAUCAUUUUUAGCGACAUGGUUACAAAAUGCCCUUCUUCUCAUCAUGAUUUAUCACAGUCACUGUGUACUUGGUCUCUUCAGCAGGGUGAGACCAGGCCUUGCGGUGAAUGCAGGCCAGCUCCCGGGCCUCUGGAACAACUUUUGCCUUUCCUGCUUGUUAUCUAAACACUGAUAUAUUUCCCGCAGUGUGUUACACACCAUUUACGAUACGGUAUCUCAGUUAAAACAUAUGUCCACUUCUUAGUAUACUACAUGGUAAUUUUAAUACCUCCUUUAUGACUCAAUUAAGGCCAUGAGUUUAGGUAAAUUGUGAGAGAACACAAACCUAGCAAGGCUAGAAAGGCAGGGCCACUGUUCCAAUAAGGUCUUCUCUUCUCAGAGACUAUCUCGGACUUUCUCAGAGACGCUACUCUUGAUAGUUUCAACAUCCCUCAUUGCCAUGCACUUUAGAAUCAACGCACCCCACUUAGCGUAAAUCAAGGCACGUAGGAUUUGGUUAUAGUGGCGUAAGACCAACAAGUUCUUGCAGUCCUGAGGCCUAUAUUUUUGUGGGAAAAAAAGAGAUGGUUAACAAAUGGUAAAGCUUUGAUUUGUAAGAUAGAAGUAAGAGCUUUGAAGGAAAGUAGAAAAUGAGACGCUAUAAAAGAGGUGUGUAUAUAGCUUUUCUAUGCAGGUAGGAGGCUCAGUAAACGAAGAUGUCAUAAAUCACUUCUAUUUUUGCCAUGUUAUGUAUAUGAAACACUCUCCAGGAACUGGUUGAGUGUGGAAGUAGAAGGUGGGACAUAGAACAUCCUGCCUUCCUUGAUUAACAGUAAAGAUUCCCCAUAAAGAUAAAGACAUGGAUAUGGUUCAUUUUCAUGUUUACGGUUGUUAGAAUUUUUGUUUGUAUAAUGUGUGGUCAUGAGUUUGGACAUUGUUAUCUGAGACUGGAGACUUCCUGUUGAUUUGGGCACACGUAUUUCCGCCGUCUAGUCUGGGUUAGGGUCAGGGUUGUAUUUAACAUCAUUUGAGAAGAUUUUCAUUUUUAUAUAAAUAUUCAAAAUAUUAUACUGUUUGGCAUUUUCAUUUUACUGCUGUACAGAUUAACACAGUGUAUACCCCCCAUUAAAGCAUGGGGUUCCUCCCGGUUGGAGAAAGAGUUACCUUUAUCUGCAGUGUUGUAGCCCAUCCUGAGUUAGUUCUAUGAGUAGGUUUCCCCUGUAGUUCUCAAUGGAAACACCAAAAAAAGACAUGCUUGUUUAGAGGAAAUCAUUCAGUGUAUAAUUGAGGUGACCUGCAGAAAGAGGACGUAUCAUUUUGAGUAAUAUACUAAUUGAGUAUAAAAGGAGAAAUGGGCAAUUUUCAGUAUCUCUUCGUUGCAGGAGCAGCUGGGAUUCUCUUGUUUCAGUGAUCCAUAAUCCAUAGCCUGUUUUGCUGUUCACAGGUUUCGUUUCCAUAUGCUUAAACUUUCAGCAUAUGUUGUGGAAAAAUGGAAAACAACAGUGAGAGUUUUAAAGUUUAAAUCAGCAAGUGAAAUUCAGUCUUUUCCUUUUUUUCCCCUCCUUUUUUUCAUUCUUUCUGUUUUUUUUGUUUUUUUUUUUUUUCAGUAGUCGUACCUUAUGUAUUGGAGUGGUUUCAUUUCCCUGCUGAGGGCAAUAAAUUUACUUGGUUUUCUGACCACAUUCUUGUGCCUGAGAGGUAAUGGUGUUAAAUCUGACCUGUGAGUGCAUGUAAUCCAUAACCAUUUAUUGGCAUCUAAUCUAAAUGUUAGGCAAAAUUCAAGGGACUUCUCUCCUCUGUCACAGCUAAUUGAGUGUCUGACCAGUGCGCCAAAGAUUAAAAAAACACACUGGUAAUAUAGUCGAUGGACUUACUUUUCAGACCAAGGAGGAGCCCCUACAGCUAUUGGCAAAUAGACUUUAUAGGGCCCCUCAGUCCCUCUGUUGGCUGCAUCUUAUUCUUUCACCACCACCAAAAUGCAAGGAAGACACAUUAGAAAUUACUGAUAUUAUCACUUGGAUUCUGGGAACACCCCACACUGGGUUCUUGAAAACGGCAUUCAGAGGACCUCUCGUGAUGAGCUCAGGUUACAAGCCUCACAGAUGGCCCAACGGCUAAUACCUUGCUUCCCUGUAGAUAAGUCUUCCUGCAGUUGGAGCAUUAAUUAGAUUCAGUCACCAGUCUCUGUGGCCUAUUUCUUUGUCCUGUUCACCAGGACUACUGGCACUGGAUUACAAGUAAAACCUUCCCAUACUAGGUGUUUCUGUUAGAGUGGUCACUCCUGCAGGUCUUUGUUUUAUUGUAGUAGUGUACCCAGGCCCCCACACUUUAUCCCACUCCGAGGCCCCCCUCCUGACAUCACCUGUAGUCUGUGUACCCUGAGUGUCAUAUUUGAUUUUGGGACUCCAUCAAAGCCCUCCAGCUUACCCAGCACAAAUUGCUGUUUUCCUCAUUUGCACUCACAUGCUGAUUGUCAUGGGAGUCCCUGGUACUUACCUGUGCACACAUGAUCUCUUUCCACAAAUACAUCAUCAAUGCCAAUCAUGAAAUGUCCAAAACACUUAAAAUACACGUAGCAUACAGCUCAUUGCAGGAAAUGGGGGAAAAACAUUUUGACAGAUACAUAGAAAGCAUUCUUUUUCCUGUAAAUUAGGCCAUCCCUCAAGGAAAACUAGUUUGCCACAGCCUUAUCAGACUGGGGAAGGAGCAGUCGGACAACUCCCUGACCCUUCGAGUUUUUUCUGUGACAGAAAGUGAGGACUAAAAGCCAGGAGCCUCUUCUGACGUGCGUAGUCCAGGGAUUUUGUCCCAUGAAAACAUUUAACAGGUUUAAUCACAUAACAGAACAUUUUCCCACCACACACCUGACUACUGUGUGAACAGGGCUCCAGUAUAAAACCAGUGAAAUAAAGCAGAUAUAGGGCACAGACUCUAUUUUCAAAUGAAUUUCAAGGGAUAUCCAAACACAGCAGGGAGAUAACAAGAACCCUGGAGGAUGUUGAAGCCCUUGGCACUCACCACUACAGCAAAUAUUAAACUAAUUCCUAGUCAGGGAAACAUGAAACGUUACACUGAGGGCCUAUUUACCUCAGAUCUUACUGUGAAAAUACAUAAAUAAUUGGAAUUUAUAGAACACAUAUGCUUCCCGGUUUCACUUGGUUAAAAUUAUUGUUUUGUUUUAAUUUUUCCAUAAGCAAGCAUUUUGGGUAUUUUCCGUAGUCUCACGGUCCCUCAUCAAGUAUUAGCCAACCUUGGGAAUUUUGAGCAGAAAACAGGUAAGUGUUGGACUUCAGAGCAUUAAGGACAGAUAUCUUUAUAUGUACAUGCACAUUUGAAGGGGAAAUACGUUUCUUGGUGUUUCAAACACUGUACAAAUCAGAUUAACUGCAAAAAUAAAAACAUGGAUUGGAAGGUGGAUCAAAAGGCAGAGUAGGAGGAUGUGAAACUCACCUCCCCCCACAAACAUAUUAAAAAUACAUCUACAUGUGGAACAAUUAGCAACUGGAAACUGGCAGAUCUCUUAUACAACCAAAGCUUCAAAAAGGUCCCCACAUAACCAAGUAGGAAGGGGACAAAAUAUGGACAUGGGACAGGACCGGCACCCCUAGGAGGGAUCUGUGAGUGAGGGAGGGUCAGCACAGGCACGUCUUCACCCUGUAAAGCCCCCCUGCUUGCUGGGCUGGGUAGAGGGGCUGGCACGUGCUGGCUUGCCAGCAAUCAGGUCAGAGAGACUGAUGGCAAGGGCUGCCACCUCCCCGUACUCCCCAGCCCAUGUACCUCUCUUUCAACCCUAGUUUACAGCCUGCGUGGGGUAUCUUAAUGCCUACUUAAAGUUUGCUUGCUUUUUUUUUUUAACUCCCUUUUAAAAAUUUAUUUAUUUUAAUGGAGGUACUGGGAGUUGAACCCAGGAGUUUUGCAAUCCAGUCUCUUAGGCAUAUUAGAGUUUCCAGGUUAACACAUCCAUCAGCUCACAUUGUGUGUGUGUGUGUGUGUGUGUGUGUGUGUGUGUGUGUGUGUGUUGGGAUGAGGAGGGGAGGUGAGAACUCUUAAUCCACUGUUUUAGCAAAUUUCAGGUAUACAAUAUAGUAUUUGUAUAUCAAAUCACAUUGUAAUCUUUAAAUAUAGACGAUUUUAUUAAUCAGUUAUACCUCAACAAAUCUGGGAGGAGUGUGAUGGAAAGAGGUUCCAGGUACAUCCCAAGUUUAUGUAAUGAUUUAGUUUUCUUAAUUAGUGAAAACAGGAAUCAGUUGUCUUAGAUAUAUAGCUGUUUACAUUUCACAAUUCUCUAGGGACAAAGGCAAAAACUGAUCGAAAAUAAAUUUCCUUCCAAUAUAAAAUGUACACCGGAGAAUUUAAUGAACAUGUCUCACAUCCUGUGGUUAGACUGAAAAGAGUCCUUGAGCCCAGCUGAGGGCUGUAGGGUUCAAACUUCCCACCAGAGCCAAGGGCUUAGGAUCCUUUCUCUUAAGUAUAAAUGAGCAAGGUUGGAGCAGGGGUGGAUGGAAGGCUCAACGCUGUCAAGUAUCAAAGAUUAAAACAGAGCCAGACUCCAUUACAGAUGGUGAGGUCACAUUUUAAUUUCUGUGUUUCUAAAAGAAAGGGAGUCACAGUUCCACGCAUGGCCUCCCAGCUUUACACCAAACCCUUGACCCCUAGAGGACAUAGACCCUCUUAUUCCAGUGUGGCCUGGUGUUGGGCUGCACCCUGCAGAUUUGCAAGCCUUGUAAUUGCCCAGCCUCAAGACCAGAGAAAGACAAGAAUCAGUGACAGACAUCAGUGGUUUAAUGGAGAGAGGAGCUUGCUUGUCCGAAGCAAAAAGGUCCUGGAGCUACACCCUACUGUGGGCAGCAGAUGGCUGGCAGGACAAGGCAGCAGUCAAUGCUGGGGGGAGUUUACCAAUUAUAAAGGAAAUUGACCUCAGGUUGGCUACUCAGUUACCAGGGAAACCAGCAGAGGAGCACACCCCUCACCGCCCCUUGGAUAAACUGGCAGUGGAGACAUUCUGAUCUAGAGAUUAGAACAAACACUAGCCAGGGCAAGUUUACUGAUUGGGCUCUGUGAUUAAGAGAGCGGGUCAGUCAUGUGAGUAGGGUAUAGAUGAAGCAGGGACUGGUAGGGCCCUGGAUGCACAGAGAGCAAGAGAACAGCCGUCUUGGGUGGCCUGAUCAUACACCUCCCUGGGCGACCCUCAUGUUCUUUCUUGCUCCACUUGGAAACGCAAUCAGAAAUUCCCUGUGUUCAUGGGCUCACAAAGAGCUGAGCAAAUACAAGGUGGGUAGCCCCAGGCCUGGAUAAAGUUCUGUUUCAUCGCAAACGUGUCAGGCUGUGUCAGGCUCCCCCUCCUGACGGAAGUUGGUUUCCAGGAGCUACGCGUCCUCCCGCCUAGCUGUCACUUAAGCACUAAGGCUGCCCUGCUAACUGUACAAUCAGGGACGCCGCUUGGGCAAGUGGGUGGGGCGACGCACCGCCCCGGCGUGGACGUUCUUACUCCGUUAGGCCGGGCUAACGAGCCGGUUUUCUACCGUUAAACUGCGCUGGAGGCGCUGCUUCAGCCUUGUGGCGCUGUGACCCGCGCUGGUCGUGGGAGUCGUAGGGACAGAGGUAGUUCAGGGAGACCCAGGAAACCCAGAAAUGUCCAGGUACCUCUCCUUUCUCUCUCAAGCCAUUUCAUGACCGCUGGAGAAAUAUGCCAAACUUUCCCCCCAGAGACCUCAAUUAUGGAAGUAAACCCUUCCAUACGCUACUCGCAGUGUGUGGUGUCACCAGCUG